AUGAAAAGAAGCGCUUUGGAGACAGAACUCAGGCUCAGCUCAUGGGAAAGUUUUGCCGCGAAAAAAGUAAUAUGAAGGAAUUCAAAAAUACAUAUGGAAAUAAAAAAGAAAAUAAAUCGAAAAGCACAAAGAGAGAAGAAAUUUUAUAAAAGCAAAUGUUCUGAAGAUAAGACUCAGGAUCAGUUGAGAAGAAAAUUCUGCCUCAAAAAAGAAUGUGUAGUUUCAGCGGAAAGACUAAAAAUAACUGAGGAAAAUGAAUAUUUGAAACUAAAAAAAGAAAUUGAGGAAAAUCGACGUAAAUUCAAGAAAUGGUAUAAAUUUAAGAAAUUCAGAAAAAUUAAUGAUAAAUGGAGGAAUUUGAAAGAAGAAAUUUGGAAAUAA